AUGCCACCAAAACUCGAUGAGGCCGGGCUGCUUAUAAUACCUCCAGUGCAAGUCACGCAGGUCGUCGAUGUAAAAACUACUCGUUUCUGUGAAGAAAAACCCGCUCUCUGGUUCGCACACUUAGAAUCACAGUUCCGCAACAAAGGAAUUGUCACAGAAAUAGACAAAUUCCACUUUGCAGUCCCGCUUAUCGACACACGUUCAGCAGCACGAAUGGAAGAUUUGAUCAUCAACCCACCGAUGGACACUCCCUAUCGGAAACUUAAAAACAAGCUCAUCGAGCGCUUCACUCAAUCAAAACAAGCGAAUCUGCUCCAGUUGCUUGAUGGCGAGAAACUCGGUGAUCGUAAACCAUCCGAACAUUUUCGUCACCUCAAGUGCCUGGUACCAGAUAUCGACGAAGACGUCCUCAAAGCUCGCUGGGUAUCACAUCUGCCCCAAAUGACUCAGGCCUGUUUCGUCACGCAAAAGACAGCAACAAUUGAAGAGCUUGCCGAAACAGCUGAUCGACUCCAUGAAGUAUUGCAGCCAGCGAGAGUCGCAUCUGUUUCAAACCUGGAACAACAGAUCGCUGAGCUGAUGAAGCAGGUCGCCAGCUUAGCAACUCACGUCUCUCGUCGUGAUACCAAACCUGAUCCAAAACGAUCACGCAGUCGUUCACGCAGCAUCCACAAGCUGAACAAGAGCACAGGUAUAUGCUGGUAUCACAACAAGUACGGCAACAAGGCACGUAAUUGUGUGCCUGGCUGCAAGUCAGCGGGAAACUUAAACGAGAGUCACUAG